AUGGCCCUGCGGCCCAGUGUCAGCCUCGGUGACACUGUCAGUGGAAGUGUCAUUGUCUGUGACUGGCAGCCUCCAUUUGCAUGUGAUGUCGAUAAGCUUCACUUUACACCAAGGAUCCAGAGGCUCAAUGAACUGGAGGCCCAAACUCGUGUAAAGCUGAAUUUUCUGGACCAGAUUGCAAAGUUUUGGGAGCUUCAAGGAUGUACGCUGAAAAUUCCACAUGUGGAAAGGAAGAUCUUAGAUUUAUUUCAGCUUAAUAAGCUAGUUGCAGAAGAAGGAGGAUUUGAUGUAGUUUGCAAGGAGAGAAAAUGGACCAAAAUAGCCACUAGGAUGGGAUUUGCUCCUGGCAAAGCCGUGGGUUCGCACAUCCGCGCGCAUUAUGAGCGCAUUCUCUAUCCUUACAACUUAUUCCAGUCUGGAGCGAGCCUAUUGUGCUUGCAGAAACCAGAUCUCACCAGUGGCACAAAGGACAAGGAAUAUAAGCCACACGAUAUUCCGCAGAGACAGUCUGUUCAGCCAUCUGAAACUUGUCCACCUGCUCGUCGAGCAAAACGCCUAAGUGCAGAGGCAACCACUAUUAAAACUGAAUCUGACCCUCCAGAAGCCAGAACUCAUAAUCUGAGACGUAGAAUGGGAUGUGCACCUCCAAAGUGUGAAAAUGAAAAGGAAAUGCAUAGCACAGUGAAACUUCCCAAGAAGAGAGAGCAUGCCAGGGAGCCAGAGAAAGACAAAUCCAAAGUCCGAUCUAAAAAACCUACUAAUGCUGUGGAUUUGUAUGUGUGUCUCCUAUGCGGCAGUGGUAACGACGAGGACCGUCUCCUGCUGUGUGAUGGCUGUGAUGACAGUUACCAUACCUUCUGUUUAAUUCCACCCCUUCAUGAUGUUCCCAAAGGGGACUGGAGGUGUCCCCAGUGUUUGGCUCAGGAGUGUAAUAAGCCUCAAGAAGCAUUUGGUUUUGAACAAGCAGCAAGAGACUAUACGCUUCGUACGUUUGGAGAAAUGGCAGAUGCCUUCAAGUCAGACUAUUUUAACAUGCCAGUACAUAUGGUCCCCACCGAGCUGGUUGAAAAAGAAUUCUGGAGACUUGUUAGUACCAUUGAAGAGGAUGUGACAGUAGAAUAUGGUGCUGAUAUUGCUUCAAAGGAAUUUGGCAGUGGCUUCCCAGUUAGGGGUGGGAAAUUUAAAGUUAGACCAGAAGAAGAGGAAUACCUUGAUAGUGGCUGGAAUUUAAACAACAUGCCUGUGAUGGAGCAGUCUGUACUUGCUCACAUCACUGCAGACAUAUGUGGGAUGAAGUUACCCUGGCUGUACGUGGGAAUGUGCUUUUCUUCAUUUUGUUGGCAUAUAGAAGACCACUGGAGCUACUCGAUUAACUAUCUGCAUUGGGGGGAGCCUAAAACGUGGUAUGGAGCCCCAGGUUAUGCAGCUGAACAGCUGGAGGAUGUAAUGAAGAAGCUUGCUCCAGAGCUAUUUGAAUCUCAGCCAGAUCUCUUGCACCAACUUGUCACCAUAAUGAACCCGAAUACUUUGAUGGCCCAUGGAGUGCCUGUUUAUCGAACCAAUCAGUGUGCUGGGGAGUUUGUGAUCACCUUUCCAAGAGCUUAUCACAGUGGCUUCAAUCAGGGUUUCAAUUUUGCUGAAGCUGUGAACUUCUGCACAGUUGAUUGGCUGCCGUUGGGUCGCCAGUGUGUGGAACAUUACCGUCUGCUAAAUCGUUACUGUGUGUUUUCCCAUGAUGAGAUGAUCUGUAAAAUGGCUUCCAAAGCAGAUGUUCUUGAUGUUGUGGUAGCAUCUACAGUUCAGAAGGACAUGGCUGUUAUGAUUGAAGAGGAGAAGAGGUUGCGUGAGAAGGUUGAUAAACUGGGGGUUACUGACUCGGAGAGAGUGGCUUUUGAGCUGUUUCCUGAUGAUGAGCGACAGUGCUUAAAGUGUAAAACCACCUGUUUCAUGUCUGCUGUUUACUGUCCAUGUAAACCUGGAUUAUUGGUGUGCUUGUACCACGUCGAGGAUCUCUGCUCCUGUCCCACCUACAAAUACAAGUUGGGGUACCGCUAUACCCUGGAGGAGCUCUACCCCAUGAUGAUGGCGCUGAAGAUGCGAGCGGAAUCGUACAACGAAUGGGCUUCCAACGUUAACGAAGCUCUGGAGGCAAAAAUUAACAACAAAAGAAGUCUCAUCAGUUUUAAGGCUUUGAUAGAAGAAUCAGAAAUGAGAAAGUUUCCGGACAAUGACCUACUGCGACACCUCAGACUAGUUACACAGGAUGCCGACAAAUGUGCCACAGUUGCACAGCAGCUUCUUAAUGGCAAGAGACAAACCAGGUACCGCUCCGGAGGAGGAAAGUGUCAAAAUCAGCUGACUGUGAAUGAGCUCCGGUUGUUUGUGAGGCAGCUGUAUGCUCUGCCCUGUGUCCUCAGUCAGACACCGCUACUGAAGGAUCUACUUGAUCGUGUGGAAGCAUUUCAACAGCAAAGCCAAAAACUCCUUUCUGAAGAAAUGCCUAGUGCUGCAGAACUUCAGGAGCUGUUGGAUGUCAGCUUUGACUUCGAUGUUGAUCUACCCCAACUGGCUGAACUGCGAAUACGCCUGGAACAGGCACACUGGCUCGAGGAUGUGCAACUGGCUUCCUCAGACCAAAACUCUCUCAGUCUAGAUGAUAUGAGACGUCUUAUAGACUCAGGUGUCGGACUCGCUCCCUACCCAGCGGUUGAGAAGGCAAUGGCAAAGCUGCAGGAGCUGCUUACUGUGUCUGAACACUGGGAUGACAAAGCCAGAAAUCUGAUAAAGGCCAGGCCACGGCAGUCCCUGAGCAGCCUUGUAGCAGCAGUGAAAGAAAUAGAGGAGAUCCCAGCCUAUCUCCCGAAUGGCGCGGCCCUGAAGGACGCGGUGCAGAAGGCCAGAGACUGGCUGCAGGAAGUGGAAGCUCUGCAGGUUGGAGGACGUGUGCCUGUACUGGACACGCUAGUGGAACUUGUCACAAGAGGUCGAUCUAUUCCCGUGCAUCUGGACUACCUGCCGAGGCUGGAGUCCUUGGUGUCAGAAGUUCAAGCAUGGAAGGAGUGUGCAGCUAACACAUUUCUGUCCGAGGACUCCCCUUACUCUCUUCUGGAG